ACCAUGAACCCUGAAUACGAUUAUCUUUUCAAGCUGUUGUUGAUUGGUGACAGCGGUGUCGGCAAGAGUUGUUUGCUCCUUCGUUUUGCGGACGAUACCUACACCGAGAGCUACAUCUCGACCAUCGGUGUGGACUUUAAAAUCCGCACCAUUGAGCUCGAGGGUAAGACCGUCAAGCUGCAAAUCUGGGACACCGCUGGUCAGGAGCGUUUCCGCACCAUUACCUCGUCCUAUUAUCGUGGAGCGCACGGCAUCAUUGUCGUCUAUGAUGUCACGGAUCAGGAUACCUUCGCAAACGUGAAGCAGUGGCUCUCUGAAAUUGACCGCUAUGCUUCCGAGGGUGUCAACAAGCUGUUGGUCGGAAACAAGAGCGACUUGACUGACAAGAAGGUUGUUGAGUACACUGCUGCCAAGGAAUUUGCUGACCAACUUGCCAUUCCGUUCUUGGAGACUUCGGCCAAGAGCGCCACCAAUGUUGAGCAGGCUUUCAUGACGAUGGCCAAGCAGAUCAAGGAUCGCAUGGGUGCUACGACUGUCACCCCCACUGGAGCCAGCAAGAACAUCAAGGUCGGAUCAGGACAGCAGCUGCCAGCGCAGUCCAGCGGGGGAUGCUGCUAAGCAAACUGCGUCGGUCUCUUCCGCACACUGUCUCCGCCCUCAGCACAGAACACACUCCCUUUUCCCUCAUUACUACAAUGUACACGUUUAGGCAAUAAAUGAUACACCU